CGAUCUGGAGGCCAGAGGUGGAGCAGCAUUAAUGCAGGAUUCAAUGUUAUAACUUGCAAGAGCUUCCGAACAAUGUCUGGCCCCGAUCCCACCCUGGAGAUGCCUGCCCUGGGCCGCCCGUUUCAGCUGGGGAUGCUGUACGACUGCUUCCGGGACGCCCUCCUCUCAGAACAUUCGCUCCUGGACCCAGAGACCCGUCAGGAGAACACGGAGAAAACCACACUAACCAGCCAGACCUUCCAAGAGGUUUCUUCGGACACCCUUGAAGAGAAAGCCGCUGCCCUGGAGAUCCCGCCCUCCCUCCUGACCAGCAUCCUCUGUGGUUUGUUUGAAGUGGAUGGAGCUGCAAAAUACUUCCUCAGCAGCAAGAAAUCCAGGUACCAGGAGAGAGUCACCUACAAGUACCUGGCUAUGGAAAGGGUGGAGCACCUGAUGCUGGACCGCUUGAGAACCAAAGGUGGAUCUUUUCACACCGUCCCUAAGAACUGCAAGGCUUCUCAUGUGGUCACUGCUGUGUGGUAUGGGGAACAGAGUUUCCAAGAUUAUGCCAAAGAAGUUUCGACACCUGAAAAUGUAGGGGGGGAAAUCGGAAGCCCUGAGGCUGUGCUUCUUACACAAGGUGAAAGAGGCCUCAAGGUAGAUGAGACGGGCAAAGCACAAAGUCAGGCAUCUCACCCGACUGGAUAUCAUGUGGUCACUGCUGCGUGGUAUGGGGAACAGAGUUUCCAAGAUUAUGCCAAAGAAGUUUCGACACUUGAAAAUGUAGGGGGGGGAAUCGGAAGCCCUGAGGCCGUGCAUCUUACACAAGGUGAAAGAGGCCUCAAGGUAGAUGAGACGGGCAAAGCACAAAGUCAGGCAUCUCACCCGACAUUUGAUGGCAGGUCCUCUCAAGAGCACAAUCCAGUCCCUCUCCAAGAUUUCGUCCGGAUUCACAGCAACCUCCCCAUUUUGGGUUGGAGCGGAGAGAAAGGUGUGCCAGUGAAGGUUCGUCUGUACCCACUAAUGAACUUGGAGCACAAAGACCCUGAGGUGCAGUUUCGCAGAUCUUUCCAUGAGAUUAGUGCAGUCCUGAAUUCUAACAUUAAACAUGAGAUCGCGGAUCUCAUAGAAACCGAAACACGAUCUGAGGACCUCUUGAAAGACCCCACAGUGCAAACCUUCCUUGAAAUUAGGAAGAAAAUCCAGCAGUUCAAAGAUCUGUGUGGCCAGUACAAACAGGCUUUCCAGAAACAGCUAGCAGAAAUCAUACCUCUUGUCCGGGAAGGAGUUAAAGACGAAGAAGACCUGGAGGAGGUUUUAGAACGCAAAAGAAAGUCCCCCUUUGACACCACAGGACUUUGUGAAUUUCUGGACGCAAGAGAGCGAGAGAUUGCUUUUUUGAAUUCUCUCCUUUCUGUCCUGAAAGAUGUAGAAAUUGUUGGUCCUAAGAAGCAGCUGGAAGAAAAGGUCUUUGAUUGUAGGACAGACUUUGUAGUUGCAUUCCUGUUCACAUCACUGCACAAAGGGGAGCCCUACUUAGCCAAGUUAGAAGCCCACCUCUCUCCCUUGGUGCAAGUAAGCGGAGAGAUGCUGAGCUGUCCAUCAUGGCUCGAGGAUAAAACUGUCAUCACAAGGGCAAGAGAAGCCGCCGAGUCCUUCGCCGGUUUCGUCUGUGCCAAUCCAUCUAGCGAGAAGACCCAGUUUGUGGUGGCCUCCAUCCCAGAUGACGACAAUCCGGGUGCUGCCAUUUGCCUGUAUGAAAAGGGAGACCGGAGAGGAACAAGGUUUGAGCCUCCCUCCAGACCUCUCCCUGUGGAGAUUGGCGAGAUCUCCGCAGACAGCGUGCAGCUGAGACUCACUCCAGGAGAGUCUGGGGCAGAGGCGGUCUGCUGCUUUCAGGUGGAGCACAGGGCUGUGGGGCAAAAGAACUGGGCGGUGGAGGUGACAAACGGGCGAGAAGAGGUGGCCACAGUCCGGGGGCUGAGCCCAGACACCGAGUACGAAUUCCGCUGCACGGCUGUGAGCAAACCAGGGUGUAGUGAAAGCAGUGAGGCUCGUGGUCCCGUGAAGACCCUUCUGCGCAGCCCCCCCAGUACCCCCCAAGAAGCUGACAGAGCGUCUCCCGUUGUCCCCCAGGAGAAUACCAACCUCAGGAAGGAUGAAAGGAACACAUGCUGUGUGGAGGAAAGAGAAGUUGGGCAGGAGGAAGGGGGUAUGAAAUGGAGCCGGCAGAGCACAGGGCAAGAAACAGAGAAUGCGGGGGGCCUUCCGGCCUUCACGUCUGUCCAGUCGCAGGAUGAUUUGGCCACCGCUGGCCGAGAUCCCCGAGGAGAGCCAAGAAACGUUGCCCGCUCUGUCCUCAGAACAAGCCGCAAGGUGAGGGACGGCCAUCCUUCCGUCUACACCUUGGCCCUGCAGAAGUCCAUUUGUGGCGCCCCGACCACGUGCGUCAAGUACAGCCUUGGGAAGGAGGCCUCUCGGCUGCACCACAAGGUGAUCCUCUUGCUGGGGGAAACGGGAGCCGGCAAAAGCACCCUGAUCGACAGCAUGGUCAACUACGUCCUGGGUGUGCGGUGGGAAGAUGGCUUCCGGUUCAAAGUCGUCCAGGACGUGCCAAAGAGGAGCCAGGCUGUGAGCCAGACGGAGACCCUCACGGCCUACGAAGUCAACCUGAGCCAGGGGCUGCGAGUCCCCUACUCCCUGACUCUCAUCGACACGCCGGGGUUCGGGGACACGAGAGGCACCCAGCAUGACAAGAUGCUACAGGAGCAGAUCCGGGCGUUUUUCUCGAGCAAGCAAGGCUUUGGCCACAUCGAUGCCGUCUGCGUGGUUGUCCAGGCCUCCCAGCCGCGUCUGACGCAGCCCCAGAAAUACAUCUUUGAUGCCAUCCUAUCGAUUUUUGGGAAGGACAUCCAAGAGAACAUCCAGGUCCUGAUCACCUUUGCGGACGGGCGGGCGCCGCCGGUGCUGGAGGCCGUAAGGGUCAGCGGUGUGCCGUGCGCCAGAGAUGCCAAGGGAGUCCCGGUCCACUUCUCGUUCAAUAACUCCACUCUCUUUUCUAGUAAUGUUCAGCAAGCUGAGGAAGACAGUUAUCGCUUUAAUCAGAUGUUUUGGCAGAUGGGCGUCGGUAGCCUGGACCGUUUUUUCAGGUCCCUAGGCGGUUUAGAACCUCGGAGUUUAACCAUGACAGCCGAGGUCCUUCGUGAGCGGAAGGAGCUGGAGGCCGUAGUCCAAGGCAUGAGACCCCAGAUCAAAAUGGCCCUUGUGAAAGUGGAUGAGCUGCGGACGACGCAGAGAGCCCUGGCAAGGCACCGGGGGGACAUGGAGGCCAACCGGAAUUUUGAGUAUGAGUUGGAGACAACGGUGCCCUUCAAGAUAGACAUCUCUGGGAUGGGCUACCACAUAACCAACUGCCAGCAGUGCCACACGACGUGCCACUACCCGUGUCAGGUUGAAAACCCCCAUGACAAAUGGAAAUGUGCCGCCAUGGACAAAUCCUCCGGCCGCUGCUGUGUUUGCCCUGGCAGAUGUCGGUGGGACAUCCACUUCAGUCAAAGCUACAAGUGGGAUUAUUGCGUCAGGAAAUAAACGCUGAGCUACGCCCACCUGAAGGAGAAGUUCGAGAGGGCUUGUGGAAGGCUCAUGACAGCCCAUAGUGCCUGCGAGUGGCUGACCCGGGAGUGUAGAAAAGCGGAAGACGACUUGGUGGAACUCAUCAACAAGCUGGCCUGGCACCUCCGGCGCCUGCAGGAAAUUGCCUUAAAGCCCAAUCCCUUGACCACUUCAAAUUACCUUGACCUGCUGAUCAGUUCUGAAAAAGAAGAAUUGCAGGCCGGCUAUGAGGAACGAAUCGACUUGCUCGUGAAUCUGAGACAGAGGUUUUCCGAUCC